UCUAUCGGCUCCUCUCGGCGGCGGUGAGGGAGACGAUGAUCGACCCGCAGAAACGGAAGGCUCCCGGGCCGGAUAUGGCUUUGGUGGCGGCGGCGGCGGCGGCGUCUGCCGCUAAGAAACCCCGCCAUGAUCUCAUCUUGGGGCCGGGUCCCGGGGCUGGGCAGCCGCCUCCGGGCGCCUUGCUGCAGGCGGGCCCUCCAAGAUGUUCCUCCUUGCAAGCACCCAUAAUGUUACUUUCUGGGCAUGAAGGAGAGGUUUAUUGUUGCAAGUUUCAUCCUAAUGGAGCCACCUUAGCCUCAGCUGGGUUUGACAGGCUGAUACUCCUAUGGAAUGUAUAUGGUGACUGUGAUAAUUAUGCCACUCUGAAGGGCCAUAGCGGAGCAGUUAUGGAAUUACAUUACAACACUGAUGGCAGCAUGCUGUUCUCCGCCUCCACGGAUAAAACAGUAGCAGUAUGGGAUAGUGAGACAGGAGAGAGAGUGAAAAGACUGAAAGGACACACUUCAUUUGUCAACUCCUGCUAUCCAGCAAGACGUGGACCUCAGCUGGUCUGUACAGGCAGUGAUGAUGGGACAGUGAAGCUCUGGGACAUCAGGAAGAAAGCGGCUGUUCAGACUUUUCAGAACACCUAUCAAGUAUUAGCUGUGACCUUCAAUGAUACUAGUGAUCAGAUAAUAUCUGGUGGUAUUGACAAUGAUAUCAAGGUAUGGGACCUUCGUCAGAACAAGCUAACUUACACAAUGAGAGGACAUGCGGAUUCUGUUACGGGUCUCAGCCUAAGCGCAGAGGGCUCUUACUUGCUUUCCAAUGCGAUGGACAAUGCAGUUCGUAUCUGGGAUGUUCGACCCUUUGCCCCCAAAGAGAGAUGUGUGAAGAUACUCCAAGGGAACGUGCAUAAUUUUGAGAAGAACCUUCUGCGAUGCUCCUGGUCAUCAGAUGGAAGUAAAAUAGCUGCUGGAUCUGCAGACAGGUUUGUUUAUGUGUGGGAUACGACCUCCAGAAGAAUCCUCUACAAACUGCCGGGCCACGCGGGUUCAAUAAACGAAGUGGCGUUUCAUCCAGAAGAACCAAUAAUACUUUCUGCGUCUAGUGACAAAAGACUGUAUAUGGGAGAGAUCCAGUGAGGAGGAGCAGAAGAGGGCCAUGGAUUAAUUCUGAAGAUUUGCAGAACUGGAUUGCUUCCAACCAAUUUGAAUUGCUCUACACA